AUGACAUCUUUAAGUACUGUUGACACGAAGUAUGUCUUAGCUGGAACUGCUGCUGCAGGUCUGCUAGGCUACCUUGCAAUCAAAUUUUUUAAAAAGAAUGCUAAAACGGUAGACCCUGGAGUUGUCUUAUUGCAUCAUUUCCCAUCGACAUCAACUAUUCUUAGUCCUUCGCCUUUUGCUUUAAAAUUGCUAACAUUUUUUCGAUUAACCGGAAUACCUUACGAAAAUGAUUACGAUCAACCGUUAGGCCCAAAACAAAAGGCCCCUUGGAUAGAAAUCGAUGGUAAAGCUCAUACGGACUCUUCAUUUAUCAUCGAAUAUUUAACAGACUAUUUCAAGAUCACAUUAGAUGAACAUCUCAGUGAGGAAGAACGAGCUCUUGGCAGAGUGGUGCAGAAAACUUUUGAAGAAAACACUGUCUACGAGUGGUUUUUUUCGACCGCCAAAUCUAUAUCCUGGAUAGUGAGAAAUCUAUUUCUAUGGAGUUUCAAGAGUCGAUUAGGUAAAAAUCUGAAAAGUCAUGGAAUGGAUAAGCAUUCUGAUGAAGAGAUUAGACAUAUCACUGAAGGAGAUCUACAGGCAAUUUCGACAAUACUUGGAGACAAGCAUUAUAUACUUGGUGAUAGGCCUACUUCGUAUGAUUGUGCUUUAUUCGGUUACCUAGCGAAUAUUGUCUAUGGACUGAAUCCACAAAGCUGGCCAAACAUCAUGCUCCGUGAUAAGUUUCCAAAUUUAGUUGAAUAUACUGAUCGGCUUAAGGCGGAAUUUUGGAGUGACUGGGAUGAACUUCUCACUAAAUAA